AAAACUGACUCUGUAACCAAAAUUCAUAAAUCGUCUUCCUUUAAUUCAGUUUUGCAGACGGCUGCAUCACAAUGCAAUAUGAACGCUUGCGAAGUUUUCGAGAUGCUGACUCGGGGAUCGAGUAAGGACGAGAAAGCGGUCGGACCAUGCACUUCGGAUGUCCACUGGCGGCAACUGGACCGGAGAUUGCGGGCUAUUGAACAGCCAACGUGGACAAUAAGUUUUGGGCAAUCCAGAUGGCGUCAGUGUUCCAAAGGAAUUUGCCAGUGUGAUGUUGAUCGUCGUGCGCUCAAUUGCUGGAGAUCUGACCUCUCCAGCCUUCCAGCUGACCUGGUCGUGCCUGCAGAUUUAGUCAAUAUAGACCUGGGAACCAACAAAUUGCGCACACUGCAUAAGACGACUUUCAAAGGGAUGCGGUCUCUGGCCGAACUAGACAUGUACGACAAUCGCGUCGAGUAUCUGCCAGCGGGAAUAUUCGACUCGCUCGUCAAUUUGAGGAUAUUGCGUCUUCAAAGAAAUUACCUUGAGGAAAUAGACAGCGAGGCAUUCCGGCAUACAAAAAGGCUUUUUCAUGUCGAUUUAUCAAACAAUUACCUUUACACACUCCCCGAGAUGUUAUUUGCCAACAAUUCUGUAUUAGAAACGAUAGAUAUAUCUAAUAAUCAAGUCACGAUGUACGUUCCUUCUGAUAGCUUUGUGGGACUGUCGUCACUCCUCAUAUUAGAUUUGUCGAGGAAUAAAAUCCAACACAUAGAAAACGGAACAUUUAUAAUGAGAACACUACAGGUGUUGAAAUUGUCAGACAAUAGAAUAAAUAACAUAUCCGAGAAUUCCUUUGAAGCCUUGUUUUCUCUCGAAACGUUAUUGUUGGAUAAGAACAAACUGCAGUACCUGCCCGGCCGGCUCUUCAUCAAUCUAGUUUGUUUGACUUUCCUGGAUAUUUCGAACAACAAUUUAAUCAAUUUGAUGGACGUAAAUCUGGAAAACUUGAAACAGCUGCGGCAUUUAGAUUUACGAGAGAACUCACUCUCAGAACUCCCAGACUUCAUAUUUUCAAACUGCUCAAGAUUGGAGAAACUCGACUUGUCAAGAAACAAAUUACGUUUCUUGAACUACACUGCAUUCCAUGGUUUAAACAAUCUUACAUCAUUGCUUUUGACUGAUAACAAAAUUUUUGAGGUUCAUUUCAAAACUUUUGCAACGCUUAAAAACUUGACAACUCUGUACCUCGACAAUAACAUGUUUCCAUCAUUGCCGUCGCGCACUCUGGACUACAUGCCUAAACUAGCCAUAGUAAAGUUGUCCGGAAACCCUUGGCACUGUGACUGUCAUGCGCUUUAUAUAUCAGCCUGGGUUCGUCUCAACGAGUUGAAAAUAUGGGACUAUUCACCUACGUGUGUUUCGCCCUGGUUUCUUGAGGGCCAUUUCCUGAAGAAACUUAAAUUCCCAGAACUGUGCUCUGGCCAAUGGGCCAGCAUGGUAAAUCUCUCUCCGAGGCUUCCUAUACAACAGCUGCUAGCCCUCAACGUGUCUGUGAAUAGGAAGCCACAGGACAGUAUGGAGCAGAAUCAUGACGUCACAACUGUUAAUGCUUGGCACUGA